AGUUCGCAAUAGAUCUUCACGCUGAACGGGACGGGACAGAGGCUUGAAAGAUCGUCAUGCUGCCCCAUUGUGUCUUCUACGGAGCGUUGCUGCUGGGCUGCUUUCUGAGCCUGUUGCACGACAGCGUGGCCGAGGUGGGGAAGCUGGUUUGCUUCUACGAUGCGGCAAGCUUUGUGCGGGAAGGUCCCUCACAAUUGUCGCUCGCUGAACUGGAGCCUGCACUCAGUUUCUGCAACUUUCUGGUCUACGGCUAUGCAGGCAUCGAUGCGGAGAGCCACAAGAUCAAGAGUCUCAACCCGGAGCUGAGCUACAAUCGCCAGCAUUACCGCCAAAUAACUGCCCUGCGCCAAAAGUAUCCCCACGUUCGGUUCCUCCUCUCGGUGGGUGGAAAUCGGGAUCUAAGCGCCGAGGGCGUGGCAGACAGCAGCAAGUACUUGAGCUUGCUGGAGCAGCCGGAGCAUCGGAGCAGCUUCAGGGCGAGCGUGGAGGCCGAGCUCAGCAACUAUGGCUUCGAUGGCCUGGACCUGGCCUGGCAGUUCCCCAUGAACCGGCCCAAGCUGCAGCAGGGGGUGCUGAAGCGGGCGUGGAGUGCGGUCCGGGGCUGGUUCAGUGCGGCUUCGGUGGACAGCAAAGCGGCGGAGCACAGGGAGCAGUUUGCCACUCUGGUCAGGGAGUUGCGAAUCGACUUGCAGCGCAGUGGCAAGCUCUUGACCCUCAGCAUGCUGCCCCACGUCGAUGCAGAGCUUUUCAUCGACGUUCCCUCGGUGCUCGCGCACGUGGACUUUGUGAACCUGGGAACCUAUGACUUCCACACACCGGAACGGGAUCCCAAGAUCGGCGAUCUGCCCGCGCCGCUGUACGCCAUGUACGACCGCGAUCCCACCCACAACGUGCAGCACCAGGUGCAGUACUGGCUAAACCAGACAUCCGGCUCGAAUGCGGGCCAACUGCACAUCGGCGUCACUAGCUACGGGCGCUCCUGGAACAUGACCAGGAACUCCGGCAUCACUGGCUAUCCGCCCAUACCCGCGGCGGAGGGAGCGGCUCCAGCUGGCAAGCAAAUCGGAAUGCCCGGUUUACUCAGCUGGCCGGAGAUCUGUGAGCUGCUCCAGCAGCAGCCCCAGGACAAGGAGGCUCCACAGCUGCGCAAGGUGGGAGAUCCAACGAAGCGGUUCGGCAUCUAUGCCUACCGCUCGGCAGAUGAAAAUGGCCAAAAUGGCUUGUGGGUGGGCUACGAAGAUCCCACAACGGCGGCCAUCAAGGCAGGCUUUGCCCAGGCUCAAGGACUUGGCGGAGUGGCCUUCCACGACGUGUCCCUCGAUGACUUUCGCGGUCAGUGUGCGGGCGAGAAGUAUCCGAUUCUCAGGAGCAUAAAAUAUCGACUGUAGGUUGUAGACUUGAGAAAUCCGUAGCUCGCACUCCGGCAUUCAUUCGUUUCAUUUCGAUUGCAUCUUUUUGAUUAUUUUGUGAGUAAUAAAAACAAUAUAAAAG